AUAUCAUGUGUCAUACAUUUAUAUCGUAAAGUAAAAAGACGCGUUACAUGUAGACUCUUUACGUUAAACAUAUCGAACAUUCAGGCGUGCAUCGGAGGCAUAUUCAUAAUCACACUGCUAAUGAUAUGUGUUGUAAACUACGAACUGAUUCGUACAGAAUUUGGAGAAAAAUUUGCUACUGAUAUCAAUAAGUGGAGGCUGUCCCACCUGACCAAUGUUUGCCAACGAUUAAACAAUGGAGGACAUACAAACCUUCAGCCGGCGUUCUAUCUGCACAGCAAAAAUUACAGUUUGGUUUAUUGCCCAGUGUUUAAGGCAGGCACCAGCACGUGGUUCUACAACUUUAAUACAUGGGCAGGAUUCACGGAAUACGAGAUCAUGCAUAACGACAAUCUGUUUCUUGCGCGUAAGUUCUACCCGAUAGAAAAUCGCGUUACGUUAAUGCAAUCAAUGGCACAUUCAUUCUCGUUUAUCAUCGUACGGCAUCCUUUCGAGCGUUUGAUAAGCGCUUUUGAAGAUCGACUGGUGAGUAUGAAAAAUGCGUACUAUUCGCGUGUAUCCCUAGCCAUCUAUCGCCGCUAUCAUCCGACGGGGAGCGGCAAAAUUACAUUCCGUGACUUUGUGCAGUACAUUAUCGAUGAUGUCGAAUAUCGCAACAGCACAAUGGGGUUAGAUAUUCACUGGUGUCCGGUUAACAAUAUCUGCACACCUUGCUUAGCUAGAUAUGAUUAUAUAAUCAAACUGGAAACAUACGAGCAAGAUGUGGAAGUGAUGAUAAAAGCGGCAAAAUUGCAAGGCAAAGUGAAACUAAUGCAAUUAAACCACGUCAGAAAGGAACCUGUCGAAGUUCUGAUGAUGAAAUAUUUUUCACAAAUAACGCAGAAACAAUUAGAAAUGUUGUACAGUAUUUACGAGAUCGAUUUCGAAUUGUUCGGAUAUUCUGCUGACAAAUAUUUUCAAAUACCAAAAGCCGUGACGUGAAUAGUUAUAUUGCAAGAGAAUCGGGAAAAUUUGAAGAAAAGAAGCAAUUACAGCUUUGUGUGUAAACGUUAAACUAAAACAUGAAACAAUCGUGUAAUAUGUAAAAAUUAAGAAAAUUAAAUUAAUACCUUAAAUUUAAAUAAGUUGUUAAUUAACAUGGUAAAAUGUGAGGCUAAAGCUCGG